UUUGAGGGGAACAUUUUUCCCGCCUGGUAGACAGAAACACAUCCGCUGAACUUCACUUCUCAGGGUACUUCCAGGAGAUAAACAACAUAACUACAUACUUACUAUACAAGACAAAGAAGAAACAAUCACUUUAUGUACUGACUACAGACUGCAGUACCACAGCUUAGAUGAUACAGGCCAAAUACAGGGUAAUUCAUUUACUUGUGAAAACACAUCUGAUUUGGAGUUUGAGCUCAUGUGUGAGGUCUCUUUGGAUCAACCAUCAAACCAUCAGACUGUGGUAUAGAAGGCUACUAUAGCAACUCUCGAUCAUGGGUGAGUAAACAUCAAUAUCCUGUGAGAGCACUUUGCUGCAAAUUGAUAAAAAUAUUCAUCUUAUGGUGUUUUCUGCUUGAUUUCAUAUUUAGGAACUGUCCCACUUCAGCGUGUGUGUGUAAUAUUUGUAUUAUUUAGUGGAUUUCUGAUAUCAUUCACGCCAUCCUGCAAUGGAGGGAACAUUUUGGUGUUCCCUGUGGAUGGGAGUCAUUGGAUCAAUAUGAAGAUCCUGUUGGAGGAGCUCCAUGCCAGGGGACACAACCUGACCGUGAUGAGAGCCUCCAACAGCUGGUACAUUGAUGAAAAGUCUCCACUCUAUACAUCCAUUAACUUCCAUGUGGAUGUGGGUAUGGAGGACUUUUUUGAUGUGUUCGCAAAGGAAAAUAUCAGGGUAAGUCCGUUUGAAUACUUUGCAUUUAUUUACCAACUAAACCUGAUUUUACACCACUAUUCUAACUUUUAAUUCCAGAUACAGAGAGAGGGCGCUUCAUCACUCACGGUCUUUCUUCUCAUCAGGGAUUUUCUCUCAAGGAUUUCAACAAUUCAUGCAUUGUGGGUUGAUGCUGUUGCUCGAAUCUUUGAUGAUGAGAAGAUGGUCAAAAACUUACUGGAUGCCAAAUAUGAUCUAGUUCUCACAGACCCAGCCAUUGCAUCAGGAGUUGUGCUAGCUAAGUAUCUCAAGCUGCCCAUGGUGCUAAAUGUUCGCUGGAUCCCUGCAGGCGAAGGUCACUAUGUGACUGCCCCAACACCCCUCUCUUAUGUCCCAUCGCCAGGAUCCGGCCUCACUGACAAAAUGGACUUCAUCCAGAGGAUUAAAAACAUUUUCUUCUACAGUGUUAACAUGUACCAGAUACAUAAGGUUUGGCCAACAUAUAAUGACCUCUGUGGAAGAUACAUUGAAGGUGGAUGCAGCUUGAUGUCACUUCUUCAGGAAGCAGACAUUUGGCUGUACAGGUCAGAUUUUGUAUUUGACUUUCCACGACCAACAAUGCCAAAUGUGGUCUACAUAGGAGGCUUCCAGUGCAAACCAGCACAGCCUCUGCCAGCAGACCUGGAGAAGUUUGUUCAAAGUGCCGGAGAGCACGGAGUGAUCAUCAUGACUCUAGGAACUUUGGUUAAUGCUCUCCCUGAAGACCUUGCUGAAGAAUUUGCCAGUGUGUUUGCCAAGAUGCCACAGAAGGUAAGACUUGAUUAGUGAUUCAUUACAAAGACAGAAGAUGAAUAAAAAUACUAAAAUAUGCAAUUCAAAAUCAUAUAUUGAUCAAGUUGUCCCUCCAUUUGAGUUACCUGACUGAUUUGAAAGUCAGACCAAAAUACCCCUUGAUCAUUUGUUUGCAGUGUGCAGAGCUCAUGUGAGUUGAUCACAGUUUGUAAAGCUCCUUUGCCAAGUUAAAUAAAUUUCUGGCGUGAACUCACAGCACACUCUGACACAGUAAAAACAGGGUCAUAUGCCAAUUCCUGAAUCCAGGAUGAUUGCAUCUGCGCAAACUGGUGUGUUUACAUGACGGAAAGUCAUGAAAAGCAUGUUUGAGUGUCAUCAAUGGUGUUCAUGCUCUAUUGUUGAAAAUGUGUUAUAAAGUUGUAUGUCAGACACCCUACUUUCUUCUUUUAUUGAAUAACCUGCAGUUAGACUGUCAGCUCAUAAUUUUUCAUUCCAUUUUUUUGGUCAGGUGAUAUGGAGGCACAAAGGGAAGCGACCCUCUUCUUUGGGCAACAACACCCUGAUAGUGGAUUGGAUGCCGCAGAAGGACCUCCUUGGCCACCCACAGACCAAAGUCUUUGUAGCACAUGGAGGCACCAAUGGAGUCCAGGAGGCCAUUUACCACGGUGUCCCUGUACUUGGCAUACCGCUGUUCUUUGACCAGUUUGACAACCUGUUGCGCCUGAAGGACAGAGGAGCAGCAAAGGUUCUGGAGUUGGCUUACACCAACAGCCGCAGUUUUGAGCAAGCCCUCAAUGAAGUGCUUCAUCAAGACAGCUACAGACAGAACAUUCAGAGGUUGUCACGUUUGCACCGAGACCAGCCAAUGGCACCCAUGGAUCAGGCCGUAUUCUGGGUAGAAUACGUGAUACGCCAUAAAGGGGCUCCACAUCUUCGUACAGAGGCCUAUAAGAUGCCCUGGUAUUCCUACUACUUAUUAGAUGUACUGCUUUUCAUGAUGACUGUGGUGACUGUGCUGCUGUACUCUAUGUUUGCACUUUUUAGGUUCCUUUGCUGCAGACAUAGAAGAAAGACUAAAUCCAAGUUACACUGAUUGGGGGUAAAUGUAUCAAGAAAUAUGCAACACUAGCCAUAUGUUUAUAUUUCUUCUGUCCUAUUAAAAUCAUUCCAAUUCGACAUUAGAGCUUCACUCUUUAUGUGGUUGCUUAAGCAAUUAGUCCAAAUGAGCUGUGCAUGUGCAUUUAGCUAGGAUCAAAUCAUCAAGACCAGUGCAGUGUUGCUCAACCAGUGUUUUCUGCUAUUUAUAGCAGAAGAAGAACGAGCUGUUCCUUCACAAACAACCCUGUCGCCGCACAACACCAAAUACUCCACCUCCGCUUGUCCUUCUUCCUCUCUCAUGUGUCUGUGCCUUUGGAUGUCUGUAUUUUAUUCAAUUUUAACUUUGCUUGUCUAAAAUGGACUUACACCAAAGGUUGUAUGCGGUGAGUAUAUACAGAAGGGGUGUGCAGAAAGAUCUUGACAUAUCUUAUGUAGACCAGACAAGCACACUAAGACAUUUUUUUUCUUUGACCUAAUUUUGAAUGAUAUGAUCAGAUCAAGCAUUUUCAUGGACAUUGAUCCAACCACAACAACAUUCAGUAUCCCCCUGGCUUGCAAUGAUGGAUCUUUUUAAUGACCAUUCCAUAUUAACUGAGUUGUUGGGACCAACCAGGCUAUUAUAUUGAAUAUUAGUGCACAUGUAACAAGUUCUCUACAUUCCUUUUUUUUCUCUUUAGAUCAGAAACUGGUUUCCUAAGCUAUUUCAUUUAUUGUAUUUUACUUUAUUGUGUAGUCAAAUAGCCUUGAAAUGAUUUGGUGAUGAUAAAAAUCAAGCAAAAGUCGUAAACUGUUUUGUUUUAAAGACUUUAGCUUUAUAGUACCGGGAUAUGGUAAUAUAGUCUGAUAUAUAUCUGGUGCUAAACAUGACUCUGUAACUUUCUUGCAAUAAAACCAAACUUUUAAACUA